AUGAUGGAGAAGUUAAAGGAAAUAGAAAGAACACAAGAACCUGCAAAAAGUUAUAAACAUAAAGAUCCAUUCAAAUUUAUAAUUGAAAGAACCUUAGACCUUUAGCAUAAUAAUUAAAUAAAAUGGAGGAGGUUGGGAGUUGUGAAAACAUUUAACUAUUAUAGAACAAAAAGCAUGAAUUCAAAUUUCUGUUUAUCUACCUACUUAAGUCAGAAUCUAGUAAAGAUGUAAUGUUUGAGCAGACAGAUGUGUACCCUGAAUCUUGAUUCUGUCUUCUUUCAUAUUCCUUCUCAAUCAUGUUUACUGCCAUUAAUUUACACUCGCAACCCUCACUGAACCGCCGGUUCUUUCGAACCCAAAUCUCCGUUCAACUUCAAUCUAGGAAUCUCAAGAUCAGUAGCUGUCUCUCUCUAAACAAACCCAAAGAUCAACCCACCAAUGUUUCAACAGCAGCUGCUGGAACUGGAACUGACACUCUUCGUAUCAUAUUGGCCGCAGGGGGCACAGGUGGCCAUAUAUACCCAGCUAUUGCCAUUGCUGAUGAUCUCAAAACCCUUGACCCAAAUGCCCAAAUACUAUUUGUUGGGCUCCCAACUGGAAUGGAGAGCACUGCAGUGCCAACAGCAGGAUAUUCUUUUACGCCAAUUCAAGCCGCACCAUUGGGCCGGCCCUUCAUCUCUCUGUACAAUUUAUUCGUCCUCCCUUAUGUUCUCAUCAAAUCCCUAAUCAAAAGUUUCCUAAUACUUGGAGAGUUCAAACCCCAUAUAGUAAUUGGAACUGGUGGGUUUGUUUCUUUUCCGAUUUGCCUAGCUGCAGGACUUAGAGGGAUUAAACUAGCAAUCCAAGAACAAAAUUCAGUACCCGGUAUUGCUAAUCAGGUGCUUUCAUUAUUUGCUGACAAAGUGUUUGCUGCAUUUAAUUCUAGUGUUGAUUGUUUUUGGCAAAAGAGCAAAUGCGUGGUGUGCGGAAAUCCAGUGAGAUUGUCGUUGAGGAAUUAUGCGUCCAAGGCUGUGGCAAGGCGUCAUUUCUUUUCAAAGGCGGUUGUAGGGAAGGGGGAUGGUAAAGUGGUGUUGAUUCUUGGUGGCUCUUUGGGUGCCAAUGCACUUAAUGUUGCGGUCUUGCAUUUGUAUACUGAAAUGUUAGACGAACACAAAGAUUUGUUUUUAAUAUGGCAGACGGGUGUCCUAGCAUUUGAUGAGAUGGAAAGCCUUGUAAAAUUCCAUCCCCGAUUAUACAUAACCCCGUUCUUGCAUUCUAUGGAUUUAGCAUACUCAGCUGCAGACCUUAUUGUAUCUAGAGCUGGAGCAAUGAUCUGUUCCGAGAUCUUGGCUGCUGGGAAACCUUGUAUUCUGAUACCUUCACCGAAUGUGGCUGAAGGACAUCAAUUUCACAAUGCUUGUCUAAUGGCUGAUGUAGCUGGUUCAAGGGUUAUAACUGAAGAUGAACUUGACUCUCUGACUCUUAAAAGUGCUAUUGAAGAAAUUUUAGAUAAUGAGGGAUUGAUGACAGAGAUGUCUGAGAGAGCUCUCAAGGCUGCGAAGCCAGAUGCAUCUGUUGAAAUUGCUAAACACAUUCUUUCUCUUGUAAACUUUUCGUCACCUCAAGGAUGACAUUCUGAAUCAUGAUGCAUUUAUUCACUAAUAAAAAAUAAAAAUCUUAGUUGAAACUUCAUUUGGGACUACUACACCGUUCAAAGAAAUAUCUCAAUUGUUUUGUAGAUGUGUGGAUAUUUACUAAACUGAAUGGACAUAAUUUUCCAGAAGAUGCUUUCAGACAGCA